UUGGGGUUUGCUGUCGCAGUUUCAGUCCAAGAGUAUAGUAGUUAUUGGCAACGAUUUCAUUCUAGAUUUUUAUUUAUAUCUUUGAGGAAUUGUCUCCGACAUGAAGAACAUUUUCAUGUUUUUAAUCCUGCCUUUGUACAUUGCUUGUGAUUCCGAAGCAAUACCAACAAAGAUCUCUGGAGUAUUUUGUACUUUCAAAGAAAAAACAUACAGCCCCGGGGACAGCUGGCAUCCCUAUCUGGAGCCCUUUGGAUUCAUGUUCUGCAUGCGGUGUGCAUGUACAGAGACUGGCCAUGUGAAAUGUAACACCAUUAAGUGCCCAGUCCUUCGCUGUGAGAAUCCAGUCACCGACGCUCAGCAGUGUUGCCCCCGUUGCACAGAUCAGCCCAGGAGCCCAGCGGGUUUGAGAGCCCCGGUGAAGUCCUGUCGGUACAAUGGGACUGUCUAUCAACCUGGGGAGACUUUUACCAACCAUGACCUUUUCCCAUCCAGACAGCCAAACCAGUGUGUCAUGUGCACCUGUUCCAAUGGAAACAUCUUCUGCGCUCUGAAGUCGUGUGUGACGCCCACCUGUUCAUCACCAGUUCCUGUUCCAGACACAUGCUGCCUCAUGUGCAAAGAUGCUGCCAUCAAUGUAAAUUCUGCAUCACUUGAGGAUGGAGGACAACAGUUAAACCGAGGCGUGAGGCAUUCACAAGACCACUGUUCUGGGGACCAGCUACGUGGCCGGGCCAUCCGGGCCACUCCGUCCACAGUGAGGGGGUCACCCAGGAGCCUGAAUCUCCAGAGUCUCCGCUUCAAAGGAGCAGCCGAGACCACAGUGAAGAUCCUCAUGCAGAAGAAACACCAGAGGGCUUGUGUGUACAGUGGCAAAACGUAUUCCCAUGGCGACGUGUGGCACCCUGUGCUGGGCAAAGUUCUGGAGUGCAUCCUGUGCACCUGCAGGGAUGGAGUGCAGGAGUGCAAACGCAUCACAUGCCCCAGCCAAUAUCCAUGCCAACACCCUGAGAAAACUGAGGGGAAGUGCUGCAAAACUUGUCCAGAACUGAAAGCAGAGACCAACAGUACACAGUGUCUUCUGGGACAGGACAGUAACAACCUCCUGGUUUACAAAGUUGAACCAUCAUCAGAGUCUGCCACAGAGGAUGCUGUCCGAAUAAUCGCCAUUGAAAGACAAGGGGUUGCUGAGGUUGAAGUACAAGUGUGGAAGACAGUAGAGGGGGUUUUGCACUUAAUGGAGACAGGAGACCUUCAAAAGAAAGACCUUACAGAACACCCAGAGAACUAUGUCUUACUGACUACGCUUGAUGAGGAGACUUGGAAGAAAUUCAAGGAGGAAGAAAACAGGGGCAAGGAAUUCCCAAAGAGCAGAUCCUGCAAGGAAGGAAUUAAAGAAGUGGUGAAGUUCCUGAACCCAGAGCAGCUAGACAGCUUGUGCACCUCUUAAUUCCUCCUUAUUGCUUCGCCUCUUGACUUUCGGGAGGGGAAAACCAACAUCCAAGAAAAACCCAGCCAGUAGGACGACGCACAGUUUCUUCAAAGUGGCUUGUUACAUUUUGAACCGCAUCUUCAGAAAGCACAGCACCUGUACGCAUUUCAUUUCACAAUGGCUAGAUACUGAGUCUCUGUAGAAUGUUGCCAUGAGUCUAGACCAGAGACUUUUUUGUUCUCUGUUUAACUGAAGCUAUGAAUAUGGCUGGGGCUUACAUAGCAACCUGGACCCCAGAAUUUCCUAUUAGGUCUUAGCAUGCAUGGCUGUCAACAUUCAGAUGUUUUGUGGCAGUUUUAAAGCAGGGUCAGGUAAAAAAUUGACUGAAAGUAAUGUGGGAUGGAACGCAGAACAGUCAGAAGUAUCUUUUAUUUCUUAUUCCUCCUGCCUGACAGCUGUCAUUUUUCAGGAGUAGCAAUUUACUUCAUGGAAGACAAAUAGAGUAAUAGGACUACUUGCGCUGAGAUGCUCAACCAAUAAACCGUGGUGGUUUAAAAAUAAUACAGAAAGAUGAUCCAGAUUUAGAAACCGGUGUAUGUUAUUUCGUAAACCACAGCUGUUUUUGUAAAUAUUUAAGAUAAAAAAAACAGAGCAAAUUAAACAGUCUCCUGGCCAGAACACUUUUAUAAAGUUGAUGUAGGCCAUAUUGCCAUCACUUUCUGUACUUUUUCCUCUGGUAAAUACUGCUGUAAGAAGUAGUAUGCAUUUCCAGUAUAAUCUAUGGAAUGAGAAGCAUAUUUAUUGUAAAUACAAGUUAACACAAUGUAAU